AUGCGAAGCUACAAAAAGAAAUCCGUUUCCUUCAGUGACACUAACGAAUUCUGCACGACAAUAUGUCGUGGCGACUACACCGUCAGAGAGUUCGUAUCGACAUGGUACAGUGCGCAGGAAAUGAGAAACAUUAAGGACGAUUGCCGCAGAACCGUUGCUAUGCUGCAUGGAGCCAGUUCUGUUGGUCCUCACGUCUGCGGAAGAGGAUUGGAAGGGAAAACAAUGAUAGGUCACCAACAAAGGAAGCAAAAUAAAAUGUUUGCUCACAUGGCUGUUGUAGACGAAAUACUGAGACAAAGACAACUAUGUAUUUCUGAUCCUCAAGCACUUGCAAAUCAAUACAUGUUCUUCACACGGCAUUGCGCUGCGGCAGCCCGGGAAAUGGCCAACGUUGACCGUCUGGAAGCUGUAAAGGUGGAAGCUAUUUCACCGUUUUCUCAAAGCAAUGCCUACCUGUCUCCCUUCAAGCGCCCAUUGUCAAAACCUAUCUCGAUUCCAAAAAUCAAACAUUUGGGUCCUUUCUGCCCUGCAGCAUAA